UAAAUGCAGUUCCAUCUCAACUUAAUAAAAGAGCUACCACCUUCGAACCUUGUCACUUUAUUAAGGACACACUUGCUGUGUCAAUAACACCUGACCCCCCUGUUAAAAACCAACCCGACCUAUUUAGUGUGUCCGGAACAUUAACAAAUAAUAAUAUAACCGCAGCCCAAACCAAUCUUAUAGUUGUAUUUAUUGACUUAUCAAAUAGUACACCUAUAGGUGACGAAAACACUCAACCAUUUAACGAAUCAUAUAAUGCUGGAAUCCCAUUUACGAUAAAUGCAUCUAUUCCUAUUCCUGCUGUUGACUCAUAUGGGAUUUUAGUUUUUGUUGGAGAGGAAUUACUAACUGCUUAUAGCUGUGCACAUGCUACUGUUAAUGGUUCUGCAGCUAAUUUUUUUUAG